CAGCAGCCUUGUCAGAAGCAGUCACAUAAACAGCAGCAGGAACAGGCCUCCUCUUUUCAAAAGCAGGAUACUGCAGGGUCGUGAAAUGCAAGAUUCUCUGAUGUUUCACAAUCUCCCGAGUUGAGAAUGGCUACUGUAAAGACGCUGCCAAGAAACUCUGGGGAUCUGGACAGCCACCACUGUGCAUUAGCAAUAGUUAUUACUUUAGGAAAAUUCAGGCUACUUUCUGUAGAUUUUUGCAAACAGGCAACCCCCUGAAGACGAUCUCAGAUUACCCGGCAGCAACAAGAACACAACAACAACAGGACAGACAGAACAAAGUUUUGGCAUGCUUGGAGGAGGAAGGGGUUUGUUCCAGAAACUACCUGGGAGGCAGAAGCUAACUGGUGAUGUGCCAGUGACUCUUACCUGGGAGCAGAAGGUGGGACGACAUGGACAGUGGCUGUGACACGGAGGCAAGGCACAGUGCAGCUUGGUGAAGCCACAGGCUGACUGCAUCCUGCCACCUCUUCAUGCAGUGCUGUGGGUUGGUACAUCGCCGGCGAGUACGGGUGUCCUAUGGUUCGGCAGACUCCUACACCAGCCGUCCAUCCGACUCAGAUGUAUCUUUGGAGGAGGACCGGGAGGCAGUGCGCAGAGAAGCUGAGCGGCAGGCCCAGGCACAGUUGGAAAAAGCAAAGACAAAGCCUGUUGCAUUUGCAGUCCGGACAAAUGUCGGCUACAGUGCGGCCCACGAAGACGAGGUGCCGGUGCCAGGCAUGGCCAUCUCGUUCGAAGCAAAAGAUUUUCUGCAUGUUAAGGAAAAAUUUAAUAAUGACUGGUGGAUAGGACGACUGGUGAAAGAAGGCUGUGAAAUCGGAUUCAUUCCAAGCCCAGUGAAACUCGAGAACAUGAGGCUACAGCAUGAGCAGAGGGCCAAGCAGGGGAAGUUCUACUCCAGUAAAUCAGGAGGAAACUCAUCAUCCAGUUUGGGUGACAUAGUACCUAGUUCCAGAAAAUCAACACCUCCAUCAUCUGCUAUAGACAUAGACGCUACUGGCUUAGACGCAGAAGAAAAUGAUAUCCCAGCAAACCACCGCUCCCCUAAACCCAGUGCAAACAGUGUAACGUCACCCCACUCCAAAGAGAAAAGAAUGCCCUUCUUUAAGAAGACAGAGCACACCCCUCCGUAUGACGUGGUCCCGUCUAUGCGACCCGUGGUCCUGGUGGGCCCUUCUCUGAAGGGAUACGAGGUCACAGAUAUGAUGCAAAAAGCGUUGUUUGAUUUCUUAAAACACAGAUUUGAAGGGCGGAUAUCCAUCACAAGGGUCACCGCUGAUAUCUCGCUUGCCAAACGCUCAGUAUUAAACAAUCCCAGUAAGCACGCCAUCAUAGAAAGAUCCAACACAAGGUCAAGCUUAGCGGAAGUUCAGAGUGAAAUUGAAAGAAUUUUUGAACUUGCAAGAACGCUGCAAUUGGUGGUUCUUGAUGCCGACACUAUCAAUCAUCCAGCUCAACUGAGUAAGACCUCUUUGGCCCCUAUUAUAGUAUAUGUGAAGAUUUCCUCUCCUAAGGUAUUACAAAGGUUAAUAAAAUCUCGAGGGAAAUCGCAAGCGAAACACCUCAAUGUCCAGAUGGUAGCAGCUGAUAAAUUGGCUCAAUGUCCUCCAGAGCUGUUUGAUGUGAUCCUGGAUGAGAACCAGCUUGAGGAUGCUUGUGAGCACCUGGCCGAUUACCUGGAGGCCUACUGGAAGGCCACCCACCCUCCCAGCACCAAUCUCCCCAACCCUCUCCUCAGCCGGACUUUAGCCACUUCCACUCUGCCUCUUAGCCCAACCCUGGCCCCUAAUUCACAGGGUUCUCAAGGUGAACAGAAGACCGAUCGCUCUGCUCCUGUCCGCUCUGCUUCUCAAGGAGAAGAAGAACCCUGCCCGGAACCUGUCAAGAAAUCCCAGCACCGUUCUUCCUCCUCUGCCCCCCACCACAACCAUCGCAGUGGGACAAGCCGAGGCCUCUCCAGGCAAGAAACAUUUGAUUCUGAGACCCAGGAGAGUCGAGACUCUGCCUAUGUGGAACCCAAGGAAGACUAUUCCCAUGAACACGUGGACCACUAUGCCACACACCGUGACCAUAACCACAGAGAUGACACCCAUGGGAGCAGUGACCAUAGACACAGGGAGCCGCGGCACCGUUCCAGGGACACAGACCGAGAGCAAGACCACAACGAGUGCAACAGGCAGCGAAGCCGUCAUAAAUCCAAGGAUCGCUACUGUGACAAGGAUGGAGACGUCAUAUCCAAAAAACGGAAUGAGGCCGGGGAGUGGAACAGGGAUGUCUACAUCCGCCAAUGACUUCUGCCCUUUUGUGUGUGUGUGUGUUUUUUUUUGGAAAGUCUUGUAUAACAGCACCCUCAAACAAACGCUUUGGGGUCUCUAUUGCAAUCAUAUGUGAUCUGUCUUGUAAUAUUUUGUAUUGCUGUUGCUUGAAUAGCAAUAGCAUGAAAUAGAGAAUUCACAGACUUUGUUUUGUAAGUGCUGUAUCCAUCGGCCUGGUACGGCUGCAGUCCUCCGGUUCUAUACUGGACUCUUCACAAACUGUCUCGGGUAGCUGCCACUUGAACAAAAGCUGUUGCCAUCCAGGUGAUAACUAGUGUUUUAAGAAAUGUAGUGUAUCCAGCAAGCCAGAAUCAGCACAGAUAGAAAGUGGAGUUUGUUUCUCCAGAUUCUUAAUAUGCAGGCACCUUAUUUGCAUAUUCAUUCAUUCAUGGACCACUGUUUCGUGCUUGUACCUCUGGCUGACUAAAUUUGGAGACAGAGUCAGUCUUGCCUUACACAAAGGGGAUCAUAAAGUUAGAAUCUAUUUUCUAUGUACUAGUACUGUGUACUGUAUAGACAGUUUGUAAAUGUUAUUUCUGCAGACACCUUAUUAUAAUUAUAUAUAUAAUAUAUAUAAAUCAGUUUGAUCACACUAUUUUAGAGUC